CACCCUCCUCCAGAAGCUCACAAUGCUCACCCAUCGCGCCCUCCUCCGCGCCCUCCCAAAGCGUUCUAUCGCUCACCGCGCACUGCACACUACCCCGCAGCGCUCGUCCCAGCUCGCAGACUUUGGAAAGGCUCACAUCGCCCAUGGCCUCAAGCGCGUGACAGACACCGUCAUGGAGUCUGGCAGCGGUGCAUGGGUCACAAUGGAGGGCGGUCGUAAGGUGCUUGACUUUAGCUCCGGCAUCGGCGUCGUCAACUUUGGUCACUGCCAUCCCAAGAUCUCAGGUGCCGCCGCAGAGCAGGCAAUGAAGAUCGUCCAUGCCCAGUCCAGCAUUGCAUUCUCCAGGCCUUACGUCGAGCUCGUGGAACGGCUCAUCCCGCUCAUGCCCCAUCCUUCACUCGACACGUUCUUCUUCUGGAAUUCGGGUGCCGAGGCCGUCGAGGCUUCUAUCAAGCUCGCCCGUAUGGCCACUAAGAGGCAGAACGUCAUCGUCAUGCAGGGUGGCUUCCAUGGACGCACAUAUGCGACCAUGAGCUUGACCAGGAGCAAGACGAUCUACUCGCUCGGCCAAGGACCGCUGAUGCCCGGCGUGUUCCCCAUGCCCUUCCCUUACUGGCACCAGCUCGGCCUCACCCCCGAGGCGACGGAGGAAGAGAUGGUCAGGUCCUGCCUGUACCAGCUGCAGCUCAUCCUCGCCCAGCAGUCUGCACCCUCAGAUACAGCCGCGAUCCUGCUCGAGUCCGUUCUCGGCGAGGGUGGGUACGUUCCUGCCCCUCCAUCUUUCCUCCGCGGCCUGCGCGAGGUGUGCGACAAGCACGGAAUCCUGCUCAUCAUCGAUGAGGUCCAGGCUGGCUGGGCACGUACGGGAAAGAUGUUCUGCAUCGAGCAUUCCGGUGUAAAGCCUGAUGUGAUGAUCACCGCUAAGGGCCUUGCCAACGGCUUCCCGCUCAGUGCUAUCGUCACCCGCAAGGAGCUUGCGGAUGUGCAGGCACCGGGAACUAUGGGUGGAACGUACAAUGGCAAUGCUGUUUCUUGCGCUGCUGCCAUCGCAGUGACCAAGGUCGUCCAGGAAGAGAAGGUUCUCGAGAAUGUCGCUGCCCGUAGCGUCGAACUCAUCAGCGCACUGAAAGAGAUGCAGUCCUCGCCUGCCCUCAACGGACUGAUCGCUGAUGUCCGCGGUCUCGGACUGAUGAUCGGUGUCGAGUUCAACUCGCCCAACCCGAGCGUGGCCGGCGAUCUCCCGGCAAACAUCGUGCCCUCCGCCCCGGCAAACGCAGCUUCACGGAUCGCAAACAAGUGCCUGGAAAAGGGCAUGCUCAUCCUGACAACGAGCGUGUAUGAGGUCAUCCGUUUCAUCCCAACACUCAACGUCACCGAGGACGAGCUGAAGGAAGGCCUGAGGAUAUUCAAGGAGGCAUGCGAGGAGGUCGUCCGUGAGGGUUAAUAGAUCUAUCGAAGGAAGAUCGGAAACGUAAGAAGAUAGGCUGCGGUUGUUGUAUAAUACGUCUGUCUGCAGCUGACGUGAAUCUUGUUAAACUGUAGUCAUAGUCCGCGUUUGGAUGCAUAAAACAAUGACUUCUAUCUGAC